CCAGCAGGCGGCGGUAAUGUGCCUCUAAGCUGAUUUGUCAACCACCAAUAAACACUAAAGAAGAAGAAGAACAUUUCUGUCCUCAUCCGGUUUGCUUCUAUCAGAUGAAACUAGUGAGAGCAGCACUGAGGAGAUAAACCUGGUUUUAAUCAUUAUUGCUCACACCAUGGCUGUGGCCAUGACUUCAACGUGUCCAGGCACGUACUGUGGCAGGAUGAUGGUCAAUGGAUCAGUGGAGGGAGAGUGUGGUGUUUGUCCUCGUGGAGAGCGGGCCAACCUCCAGAAUGUGUGUGAACGCUGCACUGAGGCCCCUGAGCUCUACGACUGGCUCUAUCUGGGCUUCAUGGCCAUGUUACCCCUAGUGUUGCACUGGUUCUUCAUAGAGUGGUACUCUGGAAAGAAGAGUUCCAGUGCUCUGCUGCAGCACAUCACAGCCAUGUUGGAGUGCAGCGUGUCAGCUGUGGUCACCCUGCUGGUCACAGAGCCGGUGGGAAAGCUCAGCAUCCAUUCGUGUCGUGUCCAGAUGCUGUCAGACUGGUACACCAUGCUGUACAACCCCAGUCCAGACUACAUCAACACGUUACACUGCACCCAGGAGGCCGUCUACCCGCUCUAUACCAUUGUGUUAAUCUACUACGCGUUCUGCUUGGUGCUGAUGAUGCUGCUGCGUCCUCUGUUGGUGAAGAAGAUAGCGUGUGGUCUGGGCAAAUCUGACCGCUUCAAGAGCAUCUACGCCGCUCUCUACUUCUUCCCCAUCCUCACCGUGCUGCAGGCCGUGGGAGGAGGACUGCUCUACUACGCGUUUCCCUACAUCAUACUGGUGCUGUCUCUGGUCACACUGGCUGUUUAUAUGUCUGCCUCUGAGAUACAGUCCUUUAAGAACCUGGUUGCUAAGAAGAAGCGUCUGGUCGUCCUGUUCAGCCACUGGCUGCUCCACGCCUACGGCAUCAUCUCCAUCUCCCGACUGGACAAGCUGGAGCAGGACCUGCCGCUGUUGGCCCUCGUGCCCGGUCCCGCCCUGUUCUACAUAGCCACCGCCAAGUUCACCGAGCCCAGUCGCAUCCUGUCCGAGGGCGGCAACGGACACUGACGGAACCCAACGCGGAUAUGGCGACUAGCACUGAGCCACCAGUGGACUGACAGCAGGGUGAUACUGAGGGGUUUGAAUGGGCUCCGGGUUCUGGGCUGAUGUGAUCAAACUUCAACCAGUUCAACGACCAGAUAGUGAUGACAUCAUGAGAUGUUAUUUAACAUUGAGGUAAACAACUUCAUGAUCAUGAUUAACUCCAAAUGCUGUGCAAGUAGAGGAACUGUUAAAGUUGGACAUAAGAUAUAACUACCCUAGGUGUUGUAUAUUUAAUGUAGUUCCAUUCAGGAUUUCUAAGCAGGACCGAUGGUCUUGGCUAAAUGCCAACUUAUUUAAAUAGUUGAUCAUGCAAAUCUUCCCAUGAGAGUAAAACUUCACGAAAUGGAAACUAGCUUCACUAUCAUGUUGGUACAAUCCAUGUUGAGAGUUGCUCACAUAACUGUUUACAUUUCAUGUUAGCAUGGUUGCAACUAGGGCUGUCAAUCGGUUGUCCAUAGUUAAUCACUAUUAAUCGCAAAUUAAUCAUACAUUUUAUCUGUUCAAAAUGAACCUUAAAGGGCGAUUUGUCCAAUAUUUAAUUCGUGACUGCAUCUUGCAUGGUUG